CAAGCGUCGUCGUCGUCUCGUGACGUCACGUCGGAGCGCCGUGAUGUAGUUCAGAGCUGGCAGCUGGUUGUUGAUAUCGGUGUAAGCCUAAUAAAACAAUAUAAAAGUAAAGAACAAGGUCCCAGUCCUUUCUAAACAAGGCGAUUUUGUAUUACAGAAGCAGUAUACGCUUUAAGUGUAACUGCCUUGUUUGAGGAAAGGUAAAAAGAGGGAACAAGCAAUUAUUAUUUCCUGAGAAUAUCCCCUGGGGAUUGUUUUUUUUUUUUUUUUUUGGUUUUGAUGCAGUAAACCUGGAACUAUGCCCGCAGCCACUGUGGAUCAUAGUCAAAGAAUAUGUGAGGUUUGGGCCAGCAACCUGGAUGAGGAGAUGAAGAGGAUUCGACAGGUGACCCGAAAAUUCAACUAUAUUGCAAUGGACACAGAAUUUCCAGGUGUGGUUGCAAGACCGAUCGGUGAAUUUAGAAGCAAUGCUGAUUACCAGUACCAGCUGCUGCGGUGUAAUGUUGACCUGUUGAAGAUCAUCCAGCUUGGCCUUACAUUUAUGAACGAACAGGGGGAAUACCCUCCAGGGACGUCGACGUGGCAGUUCAACUUCAAAUUUAACCUCACGGAAGAUAUGUAUGCACAGGAUUCCAUUGAGUUGCUCACCUCGUCAGGUAUCCAGUUUAAGAAGCAUGAGGAAGAGGGUAUUGAGACACUGUACUUUGCUGAGCUGCUUAUGACCUCAGGUGUGGUGCUUUGUGAGGGGGUCAAGUGGCUCUCAUUCCAUAGUGGCUAUGACUUUGGGUACCUGAUUAAAAUUUUGUCCAACUCAAAAUUGCCAGAUGAAGAGGUUGACUUCUUCGAGAUUCUUCGUUUAUUUUUUCCCAUCAUUUAUGAUGUGAAAUACCUCAUGAAGAGCUGUAAGAACUUGAAGGGCGGUCUGCAGGAGGUAGCAGAGCAGCUUGAGCUGGAGAGAAUUGGACCUCAGCAUCAGGCAGGCUCUGACUCACUCCUCACAGGAAUGGCUUUCUUCAAGAUGAGAGAGAUGUUUUUUGAGGAUCACAUUGAUGAUGCAAAGUAUUGUGGUCACUUGUAUGGACUGGGUUCAGGCUCAUCGUAUGUCCAGAACGGCACGGGAAACGCUUAUGAGGAGGAGGCAAACAAGCAUCAGUCGUGACACAAGAAGAAUCCAUCACCAUAAAGAAUCUCAUAUACAGGGCUCAAAACAUGGGUUUUUAGUUGUUGUUGUUUUGUUUUUCAUGAAAGAUUAGAUAGGAUUUUGCACUUUAAAGCUCCCAUCCAACAGAAAAGAACUUCCCUUUGUUGCCUUCUCUGGGUUAAAUCUUCUCACACAAUGUUCAUAUUUUAUGGUUAAAGAGGAGGAACCAUUUGGUGUUUUAGUUCCCCCCCCUCCCCACACAGCUCAGCCUUAAUAUUAAACUAUUUUUUAUGUUCUUUUUUUAAUCGUUAAUUUAUUGCAUUCGUUUCUUCUCGUGUACAGUUGCGUAGUUCGACUAAUUUGGCGAAAGCGAGUGCACCAGUCAACUACGUGAACUGUCAUUCCCUGAUCACGGGAGUACUGAUUUCUCACUCUUUGCAAUAGCAUUAGGCAGAUGGAGGAUCUCACAGACACACAGAUAAAUAUAAGCACUUAAUUCUAAAGCAAAGCCUUGCACUGAUUUUACCCUUUACGUUGGGUUAGCGCAGAUUUUACCACACAAGUAAAUUAAGAGUGAUGAUGUAACUGCCACUAUUUAAGUGAACUGAGGUCACCUCAUACUUCUGGAUCAAGAUUGUCUUUCCAUUUUCAUUUUUAAAAGAGAUUUAAAGGUUUUGUAGUAUUUUAGUAUCAAAGAAGUUCAAAGCCUUUUAUUCAUUUAAGAAAUAAUGCCUCUUAAAAGAAAUCUUAGCCAAGUCAAGUACUCAGUAUCAGUGGAAUUAGUUUUACUUGUAGUGCUGGUUUUUCAAUGGUGCACAUUUUGUGCUGUUUGGGGUUUUCCUCUCUUUUUUUGUAUUGUAUUGCUUUACAAUUCUGUGUCGCCUAUAUCUGCUGCAUGUACUGCAACAUUUGAAUAAAUGCUGUGUUAACUAAUCUGAGCUUUUAUAAAUAUGUGAAUCGCAUGAA